AUGGACAUGCUGAUGGACAAUCCAGCCACAAUCGUGCAAGACUUUGCAAAGAAGGGUGUAAUUGUGCCAAAGUAUGUUGCUAGGGUUGAAUCGCUCGCGGACCUGCUGACGAAGUCGCUGCCGGCAUCACGAAUGAAGGAGCUACGAGAAAAGGUCGGACUCGUCGACAUCGAGUGA